AUCUGAAUUGUUAUUUUCUACUUCUUACAGAUACAGGUCCACAAUGAGCUGUCAUCAAAGCGGAAAUGGCAUGGUGAUCCCUGGCACUCCAAUAGCUAUUGACUUUUGGAAUGUCAUACUCAAACCUCAGGCCAAAGUGUUCUUCCUAACCCAUUGCCACAGUGACCACCUGGAAGGCUUAACAAGUACAUGGAGGCAACCAAUCUACACUACUUCCUUUAAUGCUCACUGGCUUGCAAAGAAGCGCAAGAUUGCUCUUGCAACAUUCAUCAUUGUGGAGGCAGGCACUUCUGUCGAGGUGCCACUCGACCUGACAGGUCAAAAUAAGGCACUUGUGACUGCUAUUGAUGCUAACCACGUCCCUGGGGCUGUCAUGUUCCUUUUGCAAGGUUACUUUGGCACCAUUUUAUACACUGGAGAUUUUCGCUAUUAUCCUGAAAUGCCUCUUCAGCCGGGGCUGAACAACCUGCAAGCUGGAGAUGUUGAUGUUCUCUACCUGGACAACACUUAUUGUCACCCGAUCUACAACUUCCCCUCUCGCGAUGACGCUUCUCUCAUCAUACUCAACAUAAUUAAAUGCCACCCUAAACACCGCAUAAAGCUUGGCUGCCGCAACCUAGGCCGCGAGGAGCUGUACUUAUUCCUCGGCGUCCAGAUGGACGAGCUGGUGCUCGUGCCCCCUGCUGUGCUGUUGUCCCUGCAGCUGCUACGCGCCCCUGAAUACUUCACCACAGAUCCUGCGCAGUCGAGAAUACAUCUCGUGCCUCUGGCGCAGGUCUCACAGAAAAGCCACCAGUGCUGGAAUACCGAAUAUCCGACCAUCAGCAUCCGUGCAUCAGCCAUGACUACUAUUUAUUUGCCAGCUGAAGAAAAGGACCCAAAACAAGAAAUGGGUGAUGUACAGUGUUGCCCGGUUCAUCCAUGUUGCUCCGAGAUGGUGGCUACCGAAACUGUACUUUUUAAUGAUGUUAAUGACUCCUCUCCAUCAGUAAAUAUAGUCGGUGUAGCGCGUUCAGUCAAUGCUGUUCCUAAUAAUGUUGACGUUUUUUCGCACAGCUCAGUGGAUAUUUUCAAGGAACAAAUUCAGUUAUCGCCCAUCAAAAAUGUCGUCUCAUCUCAACUUCACGCGGACUCUUUUGGUGACGGCGUCCAGGGUCCCAUGUGUUCCACUCAAGUUGAACGAUCAAAUGAAGAUGAAACUGAACUUCAAUCUAACCGCGUUUUAAGUGAUCCUGAAGAUAUUGAAGGAACUGUCAUGAAAUUACACAGUUUGGAAGAGAAUCAAACAAAGGCCAUUUUGUCAGAUUCUCUGUUUUCCGCUGGGAUAUUGAAUGCUUCAAAAUCGUUGGAUCUUGAUAAAAUAGUUAGCCAUCAAUCAGAUGAAGACACUUGCAUUAAAAAUAAAUCUCGUCUUAAUCAGGAGCCGUCUCCACAAUCUAAAUUCAAAUCUAAAGACGCUGGCUUUAGAUGUAUAUGCUCUCAGAUUAGAGAAUACAGCUGCGCUAACGUACCUGGGCUAUUUAAUGUGCCUUACAGCGACCAUUCUAACUUUGAAGAGCUCAGAGCUACAGUUACAGCCAUCAAACCUCGCUCUGUUGCGCCCAUUGUAGCUGCGUCUGCUCGGAUCGCUCGUGACCCGGAAGACAAAUCAAACAUGUCCCUGUUUGAAGACUUGCUUUACAAGGAUACCGGUAAUACUCACUCGGAUACUCAAUGGAAAGAUUUCUAUGAAGCUCAGCCUACAAAGUCCGUCCAAUUUGACGGAGUAUUGCGAGAUGCACCUCAAAAUCGCUCGGUGGCUGUUCAGCAGCGAAUUGCAAGGUUGUGCGAGAAAUUGCCUUAUUUUUCUAUACCCGAUGACGUAUCGGACUUGAUGUCUUCAAAUUCAAAUGCUUUGAGCUGCCAUCAUGACUUGCCUAUUAAGUGGAAAAGAAAAGUCAUCAGGCGCAAACGUGAACGGCGACAAGCAUUGGGUGUCAAAAGAGGGGUGCAUUUCGAGGAGCUAUCUUGACCGUAAUGCUACUAAGAAGACGUUUGUGAUUCCGAUGUGAUAAUUAUACGAUGUAAUUCAAGUAUUUUCGCCGUCCAAAUUAGGUAGAAUCCAUAUUCAUGGUAAGUUAAGUUUAGUAAUAUACUCAACCCUAUUCAAUGGCGUCAUUAUAUAACGAUUCUUAAUAUUUUUGUUAUGAAAAGUGUACA